GUAUGCAGGGUGCUAACUAGGGUCAGCUGAGAACUCCACGUGGAAGAGACGAGUUACAAACAGUGUGGAACGGAGGGCAGCAAGGACUUGUCUCCGACAUCCAGCAGUGGAGAAUGGCUGGGGACUCGGAGUCGGUUCUGGAAGCAGCCUCCUUUCUGUGAGCAAGAGCCCAGCAGACGCCAUGAGAGCUGUUUCAGGGGAGCGAGGCUGUGUUUAACACAUAUGUUUCCCAUUGUUAGCUGGAGACAGCCGGGGAGCAGGGAGUGAGCCUGACAAAGCAGGAUUGAAGGGCAGGCAGAGAGAAGACCAGGAAUGCUGUUCAGGAAAUUCUUCAGGCAUGGGCAGGGACUUGGCUGCAGAUCUGCCGCUGGAAAAUCUGAGUGGGGCAGCUCCUGAGCUCAGGCAGGGCCUGCUCACACUGGGCGGGCUGAGUGGCCGCCUCCUUCAGCGUCUCUCAGUGCCUUAGGACCACCCGGACCUUCAACAGCCACUUUGUGAAGCAGACCAGAGAGAUGCCUCAGGAACAGUACACACACCACAGAAGCACCAUGCCCAGCUCUGAGGGGCCGCAAGUAUACAAAGUGGGGAUUUACGGCUGGCGGAAAAGAUGCCUGUAUUUUUUUGUCCUACUCCUCAUGAUUUUAAUACUGGUGAACUUGGCCAUGACCAUCUGGAUUCUCAAAGUGAUGAACUUCACAAUUGAUGGAAUGGGAAACUUGAGAAUCACAGAAAAAGGUCUGAAACUAGAAGGAGACUCCGAGUUCUUACAACCUCUCUACGCCAAAGAAAUCAAGUCCCGACCAGGAAACACAAUCUACUUUCUGUUUUACAGGCACAGCAUUCUCAAAAUACAAACUAAAAUCCUCUUUUCUUUCAUUACUGGUCCAAAAGCUAUAGAAGCAUAUGGCAAAAAGUUUGAAGUAAAAACUGUUUCUGGAAAAUUGCUCUUUUCUGCAGAUGACAAUGAAGUGGUUGUGGGAGCCGAGAGAUUAAGAGUUUUAGGAGCUGAAGGCUCAGUAUUUCCCAAAUCCAUAGAAACACCUAAUGUCAGAGCAGACCCCUUCAAGGAACUAAGGUUGGAGUCCCCCACCCGAUCUCUGGUGAUGGAAGCCCCGAAAGGAGUAGAAAUCAAUGCAGAAGCUGGUAACAUGGAAGCCACCUGCAGAACCGAACUGAGACUGGAGUCCAAAGAUGGAGAGAUUAAGUUAGACGCUGCAAAAAUCAAACUACCUAGACUUCCUCGUGGAUCCUACACACCCACAGGAACAAGGCAGAAGGUCUUCGAGGUCUGCGUCUGCGCCAAUGGGAGAUUAUUCCUGUCCCAGGCGGGAACUGGUUCUACUUGUCAGAUAAACACAAGUGUCUGCCUUUGAAAGACUCCCCAUCAUGGACACUGUCGGCAGCAUAAAGGCCCUUUUUGGCUUGAGACACUGGCUGCCAGCAAUUUUUACUAGAACACAGAAAGCCUAUCAAAGACCUUUUGUGUGUAUGUGUGUGUGUGAGUAUGUUUGUGUGUAUGAGUGGAUAUAAAUAUAUAUAAAUAUAUAUAAAUAAAUAUAUAUAUCCUCUGUAUAAAAUGAGGUUUCAGUACAAAAGGAACCAUGGGUGACCCUGUGACAUCAUCCACUGACAUUUUUCACCCCAUCCCCAAUACCCACCUACGUGACAGAUUCUAAGCACUCAUUUGGGCUCAGCAUUCCCCAGACAGUUCCAAAUCACACCGUAGAUUGAACACUUACAUGAUAUCCAUGGACAUGUUCAAGUCAUAGCCUAUUUUCUCCCUCAGUGUCAUUAGAGGCAGCGAUGGCGGGAAUCUCCAAGUCACUCUCAAUUGCUAAGUUAUAAACACAUACCACACCUGCAAGUCCAGCACCAGGGAAGCUGUGCUGAUUGUGGCCAGCCUGGGCUACAUACCUUGUCUUAACAACAAACAAAGACAUUCGGUUUCUCUUUCAUAGCUUUGGUCUGGUGGGCCAGCUUUUUCCAUUUAUGGUAUGGGUGGGAUAAGCCCAUGGAAAUUAGCCACAGAAAUUCAAAAUGGCCACCCUCCCUUUGUAGACAAUGUACUAGGGUUUCUGUGAUUGAAGGUGAAUUCUAAAAGAAUUUCAUCCACUCAACCAACUUCUCCUUAACCGUCUUCCUCUAAACUCACACAUUCUCCCAGUCAAAGUGAGAGAUGCAAAUCAGCACAGAAUAGUAUACCAGCUGCUCCACUGGCUAGAAGCUACUCACUUAGUGGCCUGACAGACAAACACAUGGUUGAAAUGUCUCUGGUUAAAGGAAAAAGGGUUCUGCAGCUUUUAGGUUCUCAGUUUUGACUUCAUCCAACAGACUGACCCAAAAGUCAACCCAAAUCCCUAAAAGUGAGCCCCACACCCCAGUAGAAGUUAUUAUAGGAGGGAAAUCUAAUUAACAGUACCCCAGGGAAUCUAACUGAUUUUCAUGUUUCUUGGGAAGGUAGGCCCUUUAGAAACAUGUCAUAUUUUUAGUGGCAUGCGCACCCUCUCCUGGUUUGCUGUUCUUGUACUCUGUUUUUCAGUCCUAGGGUGUUUAUAUCCCUAAACCCAUUAUCAAGUUUUCUCCAGGAAUCACAGUUAAAAACUCUCUGUGCUGACAGAAUUACUCACUGAAAAUUAAAGAAGCAGCAUUGCAUGUCUUUAUCAGAAUCACUAUCCCCUGGGGUUCAGUGACACCCACUCCCCAUGUGUGGAAAUGGCUGUCCAGUUCCCGCCAUCAGCUACCUCUUUUCACCCCACCUUCAUUGCCAUGCUCCAGGGUCACCCUGGCCAGCUCUUGUGCUGGGACAGGGGAUUACACCAUCUCUGUUCAAAGAGGGGGAAACGUGCCUAUGCCUUAAGUCAAUGCACUCAGCAAGGAGAAGCACAUCCUAUUUAUCUUGUUACCUGUAGUCUAUUUUUGGUGAUUGGAGGGGAAUGGUUUAGUCACAACUGGGCAUCAGAAGCUGGUAGACAAACCAAAUGAUUUCCACCCAUGGACUCUGAGGAGCCUGGUAUGGAGGUAUAACUGGCUUAGACUGUCCUCCAUGCCAUCAGACAAGCCGCGACCCGACAAUCCUACAUGAAGUCCUAUUUGUAGGCCUAAAUGGCGUUUGUAUUUGUUUUGUUUAGUCUCCUCCAUAAGGUCCUAAAUUUUCAUACUUCACAAGCAGAAGGUUCUGUUGUAGGAGAUGAAAACAAAAGGUCUGACAUCUCUGAGGUGACACGCAAGCAUCAGGCUGGAGUCUGCACAUGCAGAAUGCGCAGCUCAGUUAUGUAUUACCAUGGAGAGGGGGCUGUCCUGGCCUCACCAGCAACUGCUGGCUUCUAGGACAGGACAACCAGAGCCUGUCUCAUAUAGAGAGGCACUGGAUAGGACAAUUUUAGGGCAAGACUUAAGAUUGCUCAGUUUUUAGUACAGAAGCCUAAAAGGGAUGUUUCAGGAGGUCUCAGAUUGCCAGAGAUCAAUAUUCCCAAUAUCCUGUAGAGCCUUACUGACAGAAUCUGUGUGUGCAGCACAUGGGGUUUAUUUACAAGUCAUGAAAAGCCCCUCUGAGCUAUUAGAAGCACUUACGCCGUAUCAUUCAGAUAAAUAAUAACUCUAUGAUCCUUUGUGGCUAAAUAUAUAAAGAAGACAGGGUUUGAUUUCAGUUUGGUUUUUGGAGGGGGGUGUUUUAUUUGUUGCUUUUUAAGCAGACAGACUGCCUUUGCACUUUGCCAUCCCACAUCCAUCGUCAGUGGAUGACAAGGAAAAACAGAAUAUGCCAUGAACCUCUUUAUUCUGAUUUUGUUUCCAAUUAUGACAUAAAAGUUAUACCCCUUGGGAAUUUUAUGAUAAUUAAAAAAGAUAAAAAGGAAAAAGAAAAAAAUGCUAUGGUCCCACCACAUGCAAAAUUGAAUUCUGUGGGUAAUCAGAUCAGAUAACGUACAGAAUAAAAAGAAUAGCAAUCAGGAAUACAAAUCAAGAACCUCUGGAGGAAUACAUGAUACAAUAUUCUGUCUGGUUGCAUUGCUGUUAUGGGCCAUGGUACAUAAAGCAAUCAUCAGGAUCUCUGGCAUGACUGAAAUUCCAUAUUUACAUUCAGAAAAUGCAUCUAAGUUCACUAAUGAGCUUUUUUCUCCUCCUUCCCAAUGCUCUCCAACUAGAAUACUUGUCCAUGGCCAUGAGAAAAACUUUUACCUGAAUUCUGGAAAAAAAAAGGGGGGGGUUACAUUAAAGUUUGCUAACCCCUAAUUUUUUUUAAAAAAUGAGAUUCUUUCUAAUAUUUCUAUAUAAUAUCUUCUAGACAAUCAUACUUUUGGGGGUAUCUUAGGCAUCUCGUGGUAUGACAGAAUUCAAAUCAAUCUCUAGUAUACUAAAGUCCUGGUAGGAAAAUAUUCUUCAGAAAAAAAAAAUUAUUAAUCAAAAUUUGAUCUCCAAAUAUAUGUAAUCAUUUAGUUCUAUUUGAUAUUUAUUCUCAACAAGUCAUGAGAGUUCCCUUUGGAGGAACUCCCUGAAUACGGCAGAGGGUUUUGCAAAGCUCUGUGAUGGCGUCUACCUCGGUGGAUUUGGCGUGUAGCUUCAUGACUGCCAUGUGACUAAAGGACAGAGCUUAUAAACUAGAAUGGUUUUUAGCUUUCUUCUGGUUGUUUUAUCUUUGGAUAAAUGCUAUUGUACAUCCAGAAAACAUAGACCAAAGAUUGCUUGAGGGUUGGCCCUACAGCAAAGGUCACUAAAGGAAGAACUGGAGACCAAACCAGACUGCGCAACCACAUACUUCUAUUUACAUUCUGUCUAUAAAUAACGUUACUCCCUAGACCAGGUUUGAUGGUAUCAGCAGUAAAAUAGGGUUAUGACUACAUAGCCCUUUACAGAGAAAGUCUGCUGAGCCCUGAGCUAGAGUCACCUAUGGAGUGUGUUAGACAUAUCAGAAGCAAGAUUUUUCGGCAACAGGGUGUGGCCUACAUUUCCUUGGGACUUGGGAAUACAGAAGGAAGGCCUUCCUUACACCACAUAAAGAAGGACCUACUGUCAGAAAAACCAGAUCAGAGGAUCUGGAGUGACAGAAAAAGGAACUAAGGGAAGCUUAGUGGGGGAAAAAAAAAAAAAGGUUGUGGUCCUCCUGGACAUUUUUCUGAGGACCCUUAAUAGAUAGGUGGUCCUCAGGUUAGCAAUGUGUGUCAAGAAGUGAUGCAACGAGAGGGAUUUAAACUCAGAAUUUCUUUCCUGAAAUUACACCCAUACAGAGACUUCCACUGAUCUUCCCAGUACCAGAAAUACUCCCUUCUCAAGGUCCUCUAGAGAACACUUUUGACCUUACAUGACCUUAGUUGUCCAUCCCUGCAGUGUACCUGCUCUUCCUCCAGCCACCGGGGUGGUUGGACCCCCAAAUAAUUCCAAGUAUGUGCAACAGCAGCAUCUUAGUAUAUGUAGAAGGAAAGGAUUCAUAUGGAGCCAUUUCUGGGAAUGACCACAUGAAUGUCCAUUUACUUUUGUUUCCAGGAAUUUGGGGCUUUUCCUUGUUCCUUGGAGUGGAGGGACAACAGAAAACGGUACUUUUCAGAGUCACGUUUCUGCUUCUGUGUGGAAAGAUAGGCCCUUCCAGAGAUAGGGCUUUUGUGUUGAUGGUAGCCACAUAAUCACCAUUGUUAACACAGCAUCAGUCAUAAAUGACCCUUUGUCAUUGUGAUUAUUCACCUUGGAGAGGAAGGAUACAUUUUAAGGAGAAUGAUCACCAGUUUUGCUCCUUAAUCAACAUCAUUCCAGGGAGUCCCUCUGCCUCUCCUGUGAAUAAUUCUUAAAGAAGAUCAAAUUGUCAGAGGAAUGAAAGUACUUUUGGUUUUAUAUUUUUGAGGCAAAAGGUAGCAUAAUACAUGGACCAAAAGGGUGAAUCAAUCCAUUUUUAAGCACCUGAUCCUUUUCUUAAAAUUCUAGGGAAGAUGAAAAAUCUCAUUUACGUUAGUUGUAAAUAAGAUCAGUUCUCCCUCACGUCCUCUGCCCCAGGAACUCUUAGAUACAAAGAGUAUCUAAGAAUGGAAAAUUUGCACAGUCCGCCAGUAGCAGGCAGGUGGGGAAACAGUUACACUAAAAGAAACCUUAGAAAACAAGCCUUUUACCUCAAAGAUACAGUGUCUCUCUUGCAGUGGUUCAUGGUGGAAGGCUUCCUGGUUCCAAUGUCUUUUCCAUUAAAACAGCCCAAGCUACUGCAUUGGGAUGUCAGUUGCAUCUCUUUCUCUGAAGUAGUCAGAAUUUAAAACUACACACUUGCCUCAGAAUUUCUCAUGCGCAAAAACCAAACCACUCAUAAAAGAUAAAGCAGUCACAAGCCGGCUGCUCUGGCCAGCACCGUACACCACACAUGAGCACUUUGGAAAGCAAUGUGAUUUCUAUGGGUCUUAAAAACCUUUCUCAUACUGGAGUCCUUGAAAUUUCUCAAGGCAGGUCUGAAAGGCAAAGGGAAAAUACUUACUUGUGGGAGGUCCUCUUCCUGAGUAUUGUUAGAGCCCAAGUGUAAAGGCAAAUCCCCUUGGGGACAUCCAUUCCCACACAGGAUAUCUGGUUCUCCCCUCAUUUUGGUUUUGCAAAAAUGGAUAGGGUACAAAAUCAGCAUCUUCCUUUGAGGGAGAACCAGAAUGUCAUGAGCCUUUAAUAUCAUAACACGGUACUAACGAUGCCAUCAGACCCAUCAGUAAACAGUUUCAAACCCAGCAACGGCAAUGCCAACUGCUGAGUCUUAACUUAAGCCCAGCAACAGGCAGCAUCAGAGACAUACUCGGAGGUUUGCAGCCAGAAUGGGUCAAAGGAAGAGUAGCUAUAGGCAAGAAGCGGGUUUAGAGUCCCAUGUCACCUGCCCUACUAAGAAGCCAGCGUUGUUUCCCAGAUGACUUGUUCGGCAUCUUAGCAUUCUGGUAGGUUGUGGCUUUUGCUUCCUCACUAAAUGAAAUGAACAUGAACCUGCCUUCACUGGGAGAAGUUUAAUUAAAAACCUACCAAACACACCUAAAGUAGUCUACAGGCCCCUAUCUCUCAGGGUCUUCACAGCCUAGUUUUUUAUUGGGGUUCUGUCACUGAAAUCAGAGCUAACUCAGACUUCAUAAAGAGAAGCCCAACUGGUCUGUUCACUUGCCUGAAACAAUGGAUUGUCUGAGGGCUGAAAGAUGCCACAUGUCAACAGCGAAAAUACUGGGGUUUAGUGUGUGUAGUAACCAGAGAGUCUAGGAUCUCGAGGCCCUGGGGCUAUUUUCAGGAUUAGAGAAAAGCUAUAAAGCUUUGCUAGAGAAAGAGUCAUACCCUUAAAAUUGAGCAUAAAGGGAAAGGUUUUCUUAGCUCCAAAACCUACCCUAAGAUAUGGAAAGAGCUGAGCGCUAUUUUCCAAUCAUCAGAAUUGUUUAUUAACAGGCAGUCGUUGAGCUUUGUACUAGGCACCAUGCUAACUAUUUUACAGGCAUUCAUUUAUUUCAUCCUCAGAACAAAUCUUUGAGUUGAGUCUCUAUCUAAUUUAAAGAUAUGGAAACUGAGUCUUCAAGAGAGUAAAAACUUACCCGAAGUCAUAAGCUAUAAAAUGAACAAGCUGGCAUGUCUUACUCCUAACCAGUGUGCUGGGAAACCAGCAAUAUAUAAAAUUAUAUUUCAAGUUUGUGGGAAGUGUUACAAACUAGAUCUUGAAUGGAUGAGGCUACGGAACUUUCACAUCCCUAUUUUCUGUAGUAUCUUAUCUUUCAUACAGUGCCAUGGUAUAGCUAUGUGAGGUGGAAAUACAGAAAAUUUUACUGAAUAACAAUCUAAAACCAAAAUCUUGUUUGUUCUCGAUGCAAAGUCAAGCUCCUCAUCCUUCUGAUUGGAAGAUAAUAUCAGUUGUGAUGUCAUGUGAAAGAGAAAAUCGGAAUACUCAGUAAUAUUUCUGUAUGUCUGAACAAGGCAGUAUUCCUCCAUACAUGUAUUUCCACUUUACUCCCUCCAAAAUACAAAUAUCUUAUUUUCAAUGAGAUGAGAGUUUUGACGCUACUUGACUAUAUUCUCUGCCUGUACUUCUGGUAAAAGAAACAAAUAGAACAAGGCCCAAUCUCAAUCACCGGGAACCACCUAGUGUUCAGUUAGCCUUGAGCAUCCAAUACCACCUGGAGGUGAGUUAGCCAUUUUGCUCUGUUUGGGCCCCACCCCUUGUCAACUAAUGUGCAGUGUCCCUUCCCACGUGCAGAAUUCUUUUCACCAGAGCUUUCAGAUCUGCAGCACCAAUUCUUCUGAGUUGGAAGUGACGGCUAUUUCACACUGUGACUGUGGUACCAAUCCACUGCUUGCUGUCUACACUUAACCAGUGAGGCUGUUGGCCCUCCAACUGGGGAAGUUGAAAGUAAAUGCAUCUAUAGUUCAUUAUACCUGAGUAACUUUGAGCCUAAACACAAAACGUGGCUUUGAUUCACAAGAGUUAAUAGACAAAAAUCUUUUUUGAAGCAUCAACUCAGCCAUGGUCAAUCUGAAUAGGCUACGCACUAGUAUGCCCUUGUGAAAGGCUUCUGUCAGCCUGCCCUUCCCAGAGCUGAGAGAUGCUGUGAGAUGCGUCCUGCACAUGACAGUGAAGGGACUGGAUGCCCUCACACGCAGUCCCAAGACUAGCGCUUAUUUGCUUCAACCUCCCAUAAAACCUUAGAAAGGGAUUCACUAGAAAUAUUAAAGAACCUCUUUUAGGGUCAAUCAGGGAUGACUUUUCUAAUGGUGUCAGCUUCCAAAUAGAAAACCAGGUGUGGAUAUCUUGAAAGGAUCUUGUGGAACUAACUUCAUCAUAGCUUUGGAAGAGAAGGGAGAUUACAGCAAAGUAAAGGGAAAUACUGGGACACAUAUUAGGACAACACAAACUUCAUUUCAAUCCAGUCUUUUCAGGUGGAGGUGGGAUUAAGUUUCCCAUUUCUCUCUUGGUCAACAUUCUCCAUUUUGGAGGCCACAAAGAGGCAGAAGGACAGCUAAGGAGGUUAGAUAGAAAAAGAGGAGGGCAUCUGUCAUGAUAGGGCUAGAUACACUUCAGAGAAGACAGAUUCUGGUGCUCCUAACAGAAGAGAUGAGGUCAUAGAAGUUCAUUUCUUUGGAGAUUAUGAAUUUUGAAAAAGGAACCCCAUUCCCAUGAAGCCACUGAGCUUAGCCUUUGUGUUAUUUUAGGUUUUGUUUUACCUGUGGGUUUGGGUAUGAUGUGAGAAGAGCUUUUUAGUUUUGUUUUAAGUAACGUCAAUCCUUGCACACUCUAUGCAAAAAUUUUGUAAGCAUUGCAAUAAUGCUAUGAAUUACAAGGAACUAUUUUAACUUUAUUACACUUUCUGUAUAAAAACAAAUUUGUAUUUAAUAUUAUUUCAAUUGCAGUCUUGUAAAAUAUAUUAAUAAAAAAUAAUGAUUGGUAAGAAGGAAA